AUGCGCCAUCUCCCGGCCGGGCCGCGCCGCCCUCGGGCCGCGGGUUCGAGUCCCGGCCCGGCCCCGGUGCCGCUGCCGGUACCGGAACCGGGGCCGGGCCGGUUCUGGGGGCUCCUCCCGCGGCCCCCGCGCCCGGCACGGCCGCUGCUGCCGCUGCUGCUGGCGGUGCUGGCGGCCGCCGCCGUGAUCUUCGUGUGCUGGCCCGGCGGGGGGACCGGGGGGAGCGCGCCGGACCCCCCUGGGCCGCCGCGGGACGCCCCCCGCCCCCCCUCGGACGGCGCCCUCCGGACGCUGCUGGCGCAGCUGGACCCCGCCCGGCUCUGGGGGUCCCUGCUCCGGCCCCUCCUGCACGAGAGGGUCCCGGGGGGGCCCGGCAGCCGCGCCGCGCGACAGCACAUCCUGUCCCACCUGCGCUCGCUCCGCGCCCGCUGGCACCUGGAGCUGGACACCUUUGUGGCCACGCCCUGGGCAGUGACCUUCAGCAGCGUGGUGGCCACGGCGGCGCCGGCGGCCGCGCGGCGCCUGGUGCUGGCCUGCCACUACGACACCAAGGUGCUGCCACCUGGGCACGGCGCACCUGGGCACGGCGCACCUGAGCCCUUCGUGGGCGCCACCGACGCCGCCGUGCCCUGCGCCCUCCUGCUGGAGCUGGCAUCGGCCCUGGAUGGGCACCUGAGCGCCAGAGCAGAGCAGGCCCCGCCCGUGACGCUGCAGCUGCUGUUCCUG